UAGCAACAAUCUGUUUUACUUUUGUAGUUAUCAACAAUUAAUAGUCAGUUCAAAGUGCAACUUAUUAAUUGUUGUAGGACAUGGCAUCCACUGGACUGCUGGUCGUGUCCAAUAUUAAACAAUUGGGAAAAUCGCUAAAGAGCAUUGAGAAAUAUGUCAGCUCGUUGUACAUUCAUUUGAACGUAAAUGCAUCUUCAGCGUCUAUAACGCCACCAAGUUGGGGUCGUCUUAUAUCACAACUAUACGCCGACAGCCAUGGAUAUUUAGGUAACAAAGUAGAUCUACGUGUACUGGUAUCGCCGUUGAAGAAGGACAACAAUGUCAGCCCGCUACAGCUUUUAAAGCCUGUGGAUCUAAUAUUUUCGGACGCACAUCAUCCAGAGCUUUGUGACAGUCUGCGCAGCACACUAAACAUAAGCAAGCCCACAAUAUUCUUAGAUGAAACAAAGGCCUCUGGAUGCUUGCAACUGCCCACAGAGUGUGUACAGGCUCCCAGUCUACAGGUUUAUCCAACAGUUGUGCUAGGAGGCACAUUCGAUCGCAUACAUCUUGGCCAUAAGAUUUUUCUAACGCAAGCUGUGCUGCGUGCCUGCAGGCGUCUGGUCGUGGGCGUGACUACGGCUGCUAUGACGAAAAGCAAGACAUUGCCAGAACUGAUAUUACCUGUGGAGCAGCGCAUUGCGCUGUUGCAUGAGUUUCUCGCGGAUAUUGACAGCACAUUGCAAUAUGAUAUAGUUCCCAUUGACGAUCCAUUUGGGCCGACACAACAUGAUCCUGAAAUGGAUUUGAUUGUUGUGAGCGCCGAAACGCUACGUGGCGGUCAGAAAGUAAAUGAGCUAAGAGCGGCUAAGCAGCUGCGUCAGCUUGAUAUUUUUGCAAUUGAUAUUGUAGAGAGCAAUGUACAAGAUGGUAUACACGAGUCGAAGGUGAGCUCCAGCAAUACUCGUAUUGAUUUGCUCGGCACACGUUGGCGACAGCCGCAGCAGGCUAAUUCCAAGAUGCCCAUGCGGCCGUAUAUUAUUGGACUGACCGGUGGCAUAUGUUCGGGCAAAAGCAAGAUGGCACAGCGCCUGGGCGAUAUGGGGGCUCAUGUAAUUGAUUGCGAUAAAGUAGCGCAUGAUGUCUACGAACCGGGUCAGGCAUGCUAUACAAAAAUUGUUGAGCAUUUCGGCAAAGAAAUUCUGUCAACGAAUGGUCGUAUAGAUCGUAGCAAGUUGGGACCACGUGUAUUUGGCAAUCCAACAGAGCUGCACAUUCUUAACGGUAUUGUUUGGCCAGAGCUCAUGCUUGAGGUGCAGCGAAGAUUGGCUAAAUUACGCACGGCAGCCGUGGUGCCAAAGGUGGUGGUACUAGAGGCUGCUGUGCUAUUGCGAGCGGGUUGGGAAACUAAUUGCCAUGAAGUUUGGUCAAUGAUAGUGCCAGAGGAGGAAGCUGUUAAACGCAUAAUGGAACGCAAUAGUCUAAGUGAGCAGGAGGCACGCAAUCGGGUGGCUAGCCAAGUUGCCAACGCUGAUAUUGUGGCUAAGUCGCAUGUGAUCUUCAGCUCACAAUGGGACUAUGACUUUACGCAAAAACAGGCUGAUCGUGCCUGGCAAAUGCUGAACAAGGAACUGGAAAGUAAAGAACUGCAGAGCAGCCUGUAAUUGUUUGUUAUUGUUAUUGAUGCAUUUAUUGUAAUUUGCUUAGUUUUAAGUCGAAAGUACAAGGUUAAUAAAAAACUCUUUGAAAACACUCAAAUU